UUUUAGAACCCUUUGUACAAAACUACGUUUCCCUGGGUCCUUUGCGUCCUACAGUUUGACAACUAGCCAAUCGAGGGCUUGACAGCUUGUCACGUGACAGAGAGUGAGUUCCUUCUGUGGCUUGAGGGAAACAGGUCGACAUUUAGCCACUGAAAAAUCGAAGUUGGCGGCCUGUGGAAGCUCCUCCCUGAGCGAUGGCCUCACCCGUCUCAGUCUACUCCAACACUCGGGACCCUCAGAUCCGCACUGUCUAAUUAAUGAAGUUUCAAUAACAAGGAUUCACUUCCUGUUCAUAGACGGCCAGAGACUCUCUGAAGAUGGACUUGUUAGCAAAUGUGUCUCUGCUGCCUGGAGAGGAGAGGAUCAUAGAUAAAGAUGUCAUUUACAUCUGUCCCUUUAACGGAGCUGUCAAAGGCAAAGUGCUGAUCACCAACUACAGACUUUACUUCAACAGCGUGGAUCUUGAUGUUCUGGUGUCACUCGAUGUUCCGCUGGGGGCCAUCAGUCGAGUGGAGAAGAUGGGCGGGGCUUCAAGCAGAGGAGAAAACUCCUAUGGCUUAGAUAUCACCUGCAAGGACAUGAGGAACCUGAGGUUUGCCUUGAAGCAGGAGGGCCACAGCAGAAGAGAUCUCUUCGAGCUGCUCUUCAGAUAUGCUUUCCCUCUGUCGCAUGGCUCGCCUUUGUUUGCGUAUUUGAAUCAGGAAAAGUUCCCUGAGAACGGCUGGAGCAUCUACAAACCUGUGGAGGAGUUCAGGCGUCAGGGCUUACCUAAUAACAAAUGGCGCAUCACCUUCAUCAAUAAGAACUAUGAGCUGUGCGACACGUACCCCACCGUGCUGGCUGUGCCGUUCAAAAGCACAGAGGAGGACCUGAAGAGAGUGGCCACCUUCCGCUCCAGAGGUCGCAUACCGGUUCUGUCAUGGAUUCACCGGGAGAACAAAGCGGUGAUCGUCCGCUGCAGUCAGCCCCUGGUUGGGAUGUCUGGCAAAAGGAAUAAAGAUGACGAGCGCUACCUGGACCUGAUCCGAGAGGCCAAUGACACCACAAAGCUCACCAUAUACGACGCCCGGCCCAGCGUCAAUGCUGUGGCCAACAAGGCCACUGGGGGGGGCUACGAAGGGGACGAAUACCAAAACGCAGAGCUGGUCUUCCUGGACAUCCAGAAUAUCCACGUCAUGAGGGAGUCCCUGAAGAAGCUGAAAGACAUCGUCUACCCCACUGUGGAGGAAUCCCACUGGCUGUCCAGCCUGGAGUCCACACACUGGCUGGAGCACAUCAAGCUGGUGCUGUCCGGAGCGAUCCAGGUGGCAGACAAGGUGUCCGGUGGGCACUCGGUGGUGGUCCACUGCAGCGACGGCUGGGACCGAACGGCUCAGCUCACGUCGCUGGCCAUGCUCAUGCUGGACAGCCACUUCCGCACCCUGAGAGGCUUACAGGUUUUGAUUGAGAAGGAAUGGAUCAGCUUCGGCCACAAGUUUGCCUCGAGGAUAGGUCACGGGGACAAGAACCACACGGAUCAGGACCGAUCCCCCAUCUUCGUCCAGUUCAUUGACUGUGUGUGGCAGAUGACCAAACAGUUUCCCACAGCCUUUGAGUUCAAUGAGAACCUCCUGCUGACCAUCCUGGAUCAUCUCUACAGCUGUCGCUUUGGCACUUUCCUCUACAACUGUGAGAGCGCACGAGACCAGAACGAGGUGAGGACGAAGACGCUCUCGCUGUGGUCCCUGGUCAACAGCAAGAUGGAGAUUUAUCUGAACCCCUUCUACACCCCGGAGUCUGGACGGGUCCUCUACCCUGUUGCCAGCAUGCGCCACCUAGAGCUGUGGGUGACUUACUACAUCCGCUGGAACCCCCGCAUACAGCACCAGCAGCAGAGUCCGGUGGAGCAGCGCUACAGGGAGCUUCUGGCCCUCAGAGACGAGUACUUAAAGAAGCUGGAGCAGCUGCAGAUGUCAGACUCCUCCUCCACCUCCUCUGACCUGGCUAACAGCUCCGCCCCCAACGCCUCCUCCUCCACGCCUCCCAAGAAGUACCUUCGCACGCCGCUCUGAGGAGCGCCACGGAAACCAUCAGUUCUCUUUGGCUUGCACUUAAGUCCUCUUCACUUUAAUAACGCUUCACACACACACACACACACACACACACACUUCAGUCACAUUGUGAGGACCCGACAGUCUAACAAAGAAAGCUAAUCCAGUUUUGAUUGUGAGCGUUGUGGUGAAGAGGGGAAUUUAUGCAAUAUGUCACAGUACAGCCUUGUCUCAAUAAUCCCAGCCGUCGCACGGCCAAGCCUGAGAGAAACUCCACGGCUUCCGGUCCAAGGGCUCGAACGUGCCGGACACACACACCUUUCUGUCCGCCACUCAGAAGUCGCCUCCACAUUUGACCCGGCUUUUCGUACUCAGGUUUCCUUAAAGCUAUUGGAGUUUCUAACUGCAGUCUGAGGAUGAUCUGCCUUCAGCCCCCCCUCCCCCGACGCGUGGCAUCACGCCGGGGCCGUCUCUGUCCGCCCCAAACGUCCGUCUGGACCGGAGGCGUGUGCUGAUGAGUGGUGGAUGCUGGUGUCUGAUAUGGGCUCUGAAGCCCUGCAUGAAGGAGGCGACCCGGCCUGAACCAGCAUCCCUUUAGCAGACGCUCCUGAGCUCCGAGCACGUGUGCCUUUUCCUGUCCCCCUCGUGUUCCUCUCACCUUCAGUCAGCAAAUAUGACCUUUAACUUGUAUUUAUUAGUUAUCACAGGACUUCAGAUGACAGAGAAAAGCCCUUUAAGGAGUUUCUGCAGGAGAUUAAUGACAUAUUUUAGACAUUAAGGCUUAAUUUAAGUAAAUCUCAAAAAGAUUCCGAGCAUAGCAGAGAUAAAGCAGAUGUCUGAAUGUUUGGGUUGAACUCAGAGUGGUGCUCCACCAAACAGUGACCAGAAACAGGAGGAAGAGCGUCCAGAGGCCCAAGACGCCACCUCUGGAAGCGCUUCUGGACGUCAGAUCCCAGAGUCCCAGCCGGCCGCGUCCGACACGUCUGCGGCCCGCCGUCUGGUCUCAGAACCUCGCUUUUCCCUCACAGAACUUUGGCUCCUCCAGAGCCGCCUUCAGCUCUCAAACAAGCAGCUUCCCGGGUCAGAAGGGGCGUGGCUCUGAGUUCAGAUCAUGUACUGUAUGAACCAGGUGUAACCAGUCAUUAGAACAAAGUGCUUCAGGUCAUGUCCAGAACUGUGCCUUGAUUCCUGUGAGGAUCGCCUUCACCUCUGCAGAGAGACCCCACCCUCCCCCCCAGCCUUCACGGCUGGUGUCAGAAGAGAACAAAAACACCCUAGCGCCCUGGAUUUGGGAAAGGUGGGCUUCCAUCUGUGGCUCUGGGUGCGAGGAAGGGCAUUUUUCCAGAAAUUCACCUGCUGACCAGGUGCUGGCAGGUGGAGGGUGUGGUCUCACUGGGGGGUGGGCGGAGCCACAGGUGGUGGAGUGGCAGCAGCAUUCGUGUAUGUGCGCGCGUUGGGUUUUUUGGAAGUCUGUUGUUGUUUUGUACAAACACCAUGAUGUGUUUACCUCAAUCAAAACCUAUUUUACUGUUGAAAGCUCUAUUGUUGUACAAUACAGGUAUUUUGUGUAGUGUAAAUCUGACUGUUUUAUAAAAAGGGAGCUCAUUUUGGCUGAGUCAUGGUUGGGAGAAACUACCUGGAGUGGAUGAGUGUUUUUUCAUUCAGCUCUUCUGCAGUGACGACUAGAACUCACUGUUCCAUUCAGUCUGAUGUAAUAAUGAGGGAGGGGCUUAUACUGCGAGGCAUUAUGUCAUAUUUAGUCUGCUUUGUGAUUAAUACACAUGAAAUGUGUUUGAAUCUUUUGGACUUCAGCCAACCUGAAUACAUCAUCAAUGUAUUUGUGGGAAGUUUGUUUUAGGCUCCUUUUCUGUAAAUAUUACUGAUUAAAUUAAUUUAAGGAUUUCAAAAA